AUGGCGGCCAGUCGUGUGCAAAGAUGGGCAGUAUUUUCAGCGGGUUAUGAAUAUGAAAUUAAGCACAUUACGGGUGAGAAAAACCAAGCGGACUGUCUAUCGAGACUGUGCGAUAACGAAAAGAGUGAUAUGGAUGAAAGUAAUAGCGAUGAUAAUACGUAUUUCAAUUUCUUUGAAGAGAACGAAAGAGUGAUUACGCUAGAAACUAUUCAAAAAGAAACUGAAAAUGAUGAACAAUUGAAAAUUGUCAAAAACUACAUUCAAAGCGAUUGGCCAAAUAAGAUUGAGGAGAAUUUGAAAUGUUACUAUACUAAGCGCGAUAAAUUGACAAUUGAAAAAUCAUGCGUAAUGUGGGGCCAUCACAUAAUAAUUCCAAAAUCACUUAAAAACGACUUGUUGAAUGAAUUGCAUGAAGUACAUAUGGGUGUAGUAAGAAUGAAAAUGUUGUCAAGAUCGUUUAUUUGGUGGUCACAGAUUGACAAAGACAUUGAAAAUGUUACUAAAUCGUGGCCGGUGGAAGAUUCUAUGUAUCUCGUGAUUAUUGAUGCGCAUUCGAAAGGGGUUGAUGUAAAAGAAAUGAAAAAUAUUAAAGCUGAGACGACGAUUGAAGCGCUACGCGAUUACAUUUGUACUUGGGGUAUACCUGUCAAUUUGGUAACGGACAACGGUCCUACAUUCACGUCGGAAUUAUUUGAAAAAUUCACAAAAAACAAUGGCAUUGAGCAAAUAUUGACAGCACCCUAUCAUCCAGCGUCGAAUGGCGCAGCGGAAAAUGCUGUGAAAUCGUUCAAAACUAAGUUUAAGUUACUCAGGAAAGGAGGAAUGAAUAAAAAAGAGGUAGUAGCCAAAUAUUUAUUCCACUAUAGAUCAUUGCCACAUUGUACAACAGGAAUGUCACCCGCAGAGUUACAUAUCGGGCAUAAAUUCCGAAAUAAAUGGGAUUUGUUAAAAGUUAAGGUAAAUAAUACAGUUACUAAAAAACAAGAAAGCCAAAUAAAUGCUUAUCAUGGAAAUAGAAACAUAGCAUUUGAAAAAUCGAAUUCAGUAAUGGCUAAAGACUACAGAAAUUAUAACUGGAAGCAAAGUAUUAUCACCAAAAAAUUAAGUCCGGUAUCAUACUUUGUUGUAACUCGUGACGAUGAUUUACAGUGGAAACGACACGUAGAUCAAUUAAGACCUUUUAACGUUCAAAUUGAUAAUGAUAACAAUAGUCAAGCUGUAACUCCUAUUAAAUGUGCACUACCAGAGACUGUACCGGUUAUGAAUGAUAAGUGUGAACAAUCAAAUAAAGACGCUGGUAGCGAACAGAUCAUAGAAGAGCCGAUUGUAGCAGCGGAGAGUCAUAUUAAUAAAAAUGUCACUAUGCCAGUAAGACGAUCUAAACGAGUACCUAAGCCUCGGAUCAUGUUAAAUCUAUACGUUUAUAAUGGCUAUUAA